GCACUGUGCGAGGUCUUCCACAGUAGAACUAGUUCUUGUGGCGUAGUCUACUUCAUACUGCUGCCUUACUCUUUCUUAGUCAGCAUACAGAGCGUAUUCAUACCCCUCAUACCAGACCAGGCUUUCUCUAUGCUUCCACAGACUUUCACCUAUCAUUUAAUCUCUUCUGUACAGCACAACUGCAACGACGAUCAAAAUAACUUGAAAAUGAAGGAGGUUGCCGCAACACCUAUGGGUGUCCGAAGAAAAGACCUCGACCAACCCUCGGGUGUGAUAGACUCCGAAUCAGCUCAGGGCCAUGGAGACGACGGGGUUCCUCACGACUCGGACAACGAGCCUAUGGUCUACGAGACUCCCCGAGACUACGCGACUUCGGCGCGCCAGGAGCGCGACCGCCUCAUCGCCGAGGGUGCCGAUCCUGGUUCCGUCAUCUUGCAAAGCGAGGUACGCAAUCAUGUCCCACAACGAGAUGGCGAUUCCCCUGCCGACUUCGCGAAGCGCUACGUUGAGACUAUGAAGGCUAUGAUAAGUCGCGGCGUUUCUAUUCUGAACGAUCGGUGUACGGCUGAUGUGGUGCCAUCCGGAUUCGAAACCACAGACGGAAGGUUUUUCGACUUGGGCCCGGGGUCGGGCGCAACAAAGUGGGAGUUUCGACAAUUCAGUCAGUGGUUCUCACAGGAGUUGGAAACAGGACAGAUACAUGAGGUGCCGGAGAAGUGGUUGAAGUUUGAGAAGCCUUACCCAAGGAAGAUUUGAAUUUUAAUAUCUGGAGCAGGUUUUGAUCAUGUAGUACAGAUUUCCUACGCCGCUGGAACCUGUUUUCUAUCUUGCAGUGCUGAGGGCCGUCUGGUAUAUAAAUAUAUAUCAAGCAAC